AUGGGCAGUCUAUCUACGGAGCUCGACCACUGGACCGCAGGACCCAACCUGUAUCCAAAGAGAAAACCAGUGCCCCCUGCCCAACGAGGAAUUGCCGCACCAUGCAGCACCGAGCAGUUCAAGACUAAAAGCUACAAGCACAAGCCACUUGCAAAACGAUGGCAUCCAUACAUGAGCACCGAGUCAGCCAGCCGAACGGGCUCAUCUCUCAAGGCAUCAAUGAAGCAUCUCCAGAAUCCAAACGUCAUCUCCCUGGGGGGUGGAACUCCUCUUAGCGACUUUAUUCCCUUCGACGAGGUUGUUAUACGACCUCCUUCGCUCGAGAAUCUCAAAACGGAAAAAAAGAGAAACUCUACAUCAAUAACAACCCUACACGCCACAAAGCACGAUAUCGCUGAUGGCACCAGUAUCUACGACCUCUCUGUUGCUUUGAAUUAUGGGCAAGGUUACGGAUCGGCGCAAUUCAUGCGUUGGAUCACGGAGCAUACAGAAAUCUUUCAUGAUCCGCCAUAUUCUGACUGGCAAUGCUCCUUAACCAUUGGCAACACAUCGGCUUUUGACAUGUGCUUGAGGAUGUUGACAGAGCCCGGUGACUGUGUCUUGGCUGACAAGUACACAUUUUCAACUGCUAUUGAAACUGCCCUGCCCCUGGGCAUCAACUUUGUGGGAGUUGACAUGGACCGCGAAGGCAUGCUUCCAGGCAGCCUUGAUGAAGUACUUGAGAAUUGGGAUCCUGAAGCGCACAAGAAGGCCCGCAAGCCAUCUGUGCUAUAUGCCAUUCCGACUGGCCAAAACCCUACCGGCACCACCCAAAGCAUUGAGCGCCGCAAAGAGAUUUACAAAAUAGCCCAGCGGCACGAUUUAAUCAUCUUGGAAGACGACCCAUACUACUUUUUGCAGAUGGACCCCUAUGGCUCUUCCUCUACUGAAGAUGGACCAGCUACAGCCGAGAUACGAUCAUCCGCCGACUUCCUAAAAAGGCUCAUCCCCUCAUAUCUUAGUCUAGACGUUGACGGACGGGUUAUCCGCAUGGAUUCCUUCAGCAAGGUGAUUAGCCCUGGAGCUCGUCUCGGUUGGGUUACAGCUUCUGCGCAGCUUAUUGAGCGAUACAAGUACCACACCGACGUUUCAACCCAGAGCCCUGCCGGCUUGAGCCAGUUGGCCAUCUUCAAGCUCGUAGACGAACAUUGGGGACAUGCAGGCUAUACGGAGUGGCUGAUGCACUUGCGCUCAGAGUACACCAAGAGAAGGGACUUUAUCAUAUCUGCCUGUGAGCGAUAUUUGCCGACGAAAAUUGUUCGUUGGGAGCCAACUGAGGCAGGCAUGUUUCAAUGGCUCAAAGUAGACUGGAAGCAACACCCCGAUGCGAAAACCAAGUCGGUCAAUGCCCUUGAAGAGGAGAUAUGGCUAGAAAGCAUAUCGACAGGGGCGCUGGUUGGCCGUGGCAGUUGGUUCCGUGCUUCAGCAGACGUGGCAUACGACGAAGUCUUUUACCGGACGACUUUUGCCGCGGCGCCGCUGUCUAAGAUUGAAGAAGCUGUAAAGCGGUUCGGGGAAGCUAUUAAAAAGGCCUUCAAAGUCGAGCCUGAAAGGAAAGAGGAGAGCUGA